AAAAAUGAAUAAAAAAUCAAUGGUAUUCGUCCUUUAUUUGCAUUUUGCUCCAAUGCUUAUUCAUAUGGCUGUGAUUUUCAAACUUGCUGUUAAAUAUUCAUAUGCUUGUUUUUAUCAUCUUUAUCAUUAACGACGUUGUCUACUUGUUAGCAGUGAGCACAAUGCCCAAUUAUUAUGCUGCCUAACUGAAAUAUCAUGCCGUAGACAUGUGACAUCAUUCUCCACCCAGUCACAUUAUACUGACACCGGGCAGACCAGUCCUAUCACUAUCCUCUUAAUGCUGAGCGCCAUGCAAGGAAGCUACUAGUACCAUUAUUUACGUAUUUGGUAUGACGCAGCCAGGAAUUGAACCCACUGCCUCCCGGCUCUCGAAGUAUAUUUUACACAUGUUUUACUAACCUGCCUUUUUUAAGCAUUCAUCUGCAUGCGGAUAAUGUAUACUGUCUUGUGACUAUACGACACUGGGUUUGUGCAAAUAAAACUGUUAAUAUCUGGCCACUAAACUUCUCAAGGAGGUGCCCUUCCCCUCCCUUGUGUUCAUUUCUGUUUCUGGUCUAUGUUUUAUUCUUGUGGCCUGCUUGUUUUACUUCGUUCGUCCAUUUUUUUGUAUAUUCCUGUUGUUUGUAUAUACAUACAUACAUACAUACAUACAUACUGUGUAGGGUUAUUUUUGCGGAGGUUGUGUUUCGUUGCUAUUUCUACUGCAUUUAAAUUUUACUGAUUAACUUGACUUUGUACGUCUUUUACGGCAUUAGUAAUUUUAUCAUCCAAUUCAUUUUAUUAGUAUUCCAGUAUUUUUACACAGUAUUUACUCACCCCAUUCCAUAUAUAUGAUUUAAUUACCAGAUAAUUUCAGUAAAUGAACCAUGCAACCGUUAGGCAGUAUUAGGUUACUGCAUUUUCAUGCAACAUACAGAAUUAUAUCAUACAGGUGAGUAAUCUCCCACUUUGUGGUAAAUCUUUUCAUAAAAUUAGAUAAUGAUCAACGGAAUUUCGUAUAUAAGUACAUCUUUAAAGAGAAUAUUUUCCAAAAAUAAAAUUAGCGGUAAUAUUAGAAUUAAUCACUAACUUGCGAAGAAGUAGUUCCAGCUGUAAGUUUUAUUGCGUGGCAAUAAUUUACUUACAUAUUCAAAGUUAUUUCGAUAAAAGAUAAACAAAUUUUUACGACCAAUGCAUUCCAUUUUUCUUGUUUUACAGGAAUUACAUACUAUUUUGUGUGUGCACUUUAGAUGUGAUAGAAGUGUUUCAAAUAUGAGCCUAUGUGUUUCAGACUGUCUGAGGAGACGAAAAGUAUGAUAAGAGAUGUAACAAAUAAAGCUAGAACGUGUUCAACAGGUAUUUGAUAAAUGUCUGACGGGAAGAUGCGCACGCCCAUGUUAUACACCGUGAUAAAUGUUCUCAUCCUUGAUUGAUCCGUGAUCGACGACAGGUUAACCAGGAAACAUGGCUAUGAGGAAUAGAAAAAUUCCGAAGGAAGUUUUGGCUGUGUUUGAAAAGUACAUGAAAAACAAUGUAAGAAAUUUGAAGAAGGAACAAGCCUUGGAUAUGUUUGAGAAAGAGUUUGGUCUGGACGCCGAGCAGGGAGAAAUCAUGUUCAGCACCUUUGAUAAAGACAAAAAUGGCAUAAUGAGCAUAUGGGAAUUUCAGCAGUUUUAUAUGAGUGUCGGUGAUUGCGCUCAAGAUGUGAUAAACAAAUUCAAAGAAAUAGACGCUGACGGCAGCGGCAAACUGGAUAGCGAGGAAGCAAAAGAAGGCUUAAAGUCAUUGAAGACUGCAACAGGAAGAAACUUGGAAGAAAAAGAAGUAGAUUUUUUCAUGAAAAGUGCUGUUGGUGAAGAUGGCAUGAUUGAUCUUGGACAGUUUACUAACCUGUUGUAUACCCUGAAGUUAUAUAAGGCCCCAGCCCCAAAGAAAUAGUGAAUUAGUUAUUCAGUUUGGUUGACGCGCGGAACCUUCAUUUGUAAUAACGUUUCAAUUCGUACGUAUACGUUUAUACAUAAUUAUAUAUUUUUGUAAUGCCUGUUACAUUUUAAUAACUAUAAUUCAUUACAGACAUCGCUUAUUAGUCUCCAAAAUAAAACGUUUAGUUGAAUUCAAUAAGAGGUAACAUUGUAUAAGGAAUAUAGUACAACUUCGGUAUUCAUUAUGCAUUAUAUACUGGAAUGUUUUUCGCACAGAACUACGAUGAAAACGUGGAAUAAGUGAAAGUUAUGUCGCAAUCAUAUAUCGAUGCUAACCUACGUGAAAAAUAUUUUUACGAAUAAAAAACAACAGUUGUAACAAACGCUAAAAUCUAAAGCAACACAACUAUAAAGAAACACUUUUGGCAUGAAUUAUUUUUCUACUUGACAUGAAAUAAUCAGUGUCAUUCUUUAUAUUGUUCUGCAAAGAUCAAAGUUAAUGUCUUUGCUACUUUAAUUUUGAUUCAUUUUCAAAUUAGUUUGUAAAUUUUCUUCACGUGCAAGCUGCACAUUUAAAAAAAAACUAAAUGUUUAACUUCUGCAUGGGAGUCUUUUAAUGAAAAGAAACAUUCUUGACGUUUUGCCAAAAUGUUGAAAUUUUGAGGGAAUAUUUUCAAUAACGAAAUAAGAAUGAACCUGUUAUAUAUAAUAUUAAAUGUUUAAUUUUGAAAUCAUUCUUGCAUGGACAAGAAUAAAUUACUUAGGACUGAUAUUAUGUUUUUCUAUCUGCAUCACAAUUGAUGCGAUAUAUGAGGUUAGUAUUGAUGGAAAUCUCCUCUCUGUUGAUUGUCGGUUCUAAAAGAUGUUUUCCUUUAUUGAAGUUCCACCUACUUAAUGGUCGAUUUCAACACAUCUUUUGAAAUUUAAAAUGAAACGACAUGUACUUCAAGGAGAGUUCUCUGGCUUACACCUGAAACUCAUUGCUCAUAAAUGUAAGUGUAAGUUGUUUCGAUCUAAACAAUUUCAAUAGACAUUGAAAAAUACACUGUGAGUCAUUUUGAAGAAAGAUAUUUGAUGAAUUCGUCAAAAUUUAAGGUUGAAGUCCUUGUGAAUGCUGUGCCAGUUUGUGACUUUAAUUUUUGUUCUUGGUUAAGCAAAUAAGCAUUUCUAAAUAAUGAAAUUUAUAUAAAGUAUGAGAUACAUAUUUAUAAUGUAACAUGCUAGGAAAAUUUAACGCAAAUCUAAUAUGUUUGUUGAAGACUGUACAAUCAAACCUGAAAUUUUCAUCGUCAAAAUAUGCGCUAAUACAUCCAGAUCGUUUUUGGUCAUUGUUCAUUUAUUUUGUAAAAUUUAAUACUUGCCGAAGUCUAAACAGAAGUAUGGCAAAUUGCUUAGAAUUAACAGAUAACCUUUAAUUCAUCAAUGCACUGAUAGAACAUGAACGAGAUUCGCAGACGGCUUAAGACUAUUUAUUUAGUGCAGUCACAUUACAUUUCGGAUUUUUAUUUAUCGGUUGAAUGCUGUUAUAGAUACUUUCAAUAUUAUUUAUUAAUCUAUUUAUAUAAGUUGUGAUUUUGUAUCUUAUAUAAAUGUAUUGUAUUAUUAUAACUUUGUGAAUAAACAUUUAAUAUCAAACAUUU